AUGUCUCAACACUUAGGAAACCAUGAGCCUCCUCCAGACACGGACCCGUACACACCUCCCCCAGCACCUUCAAUAUCACAUCUCGACAGGGUCGCUUACCUCUUCGGCUAUCCUAUCGCCCACUCCCUUUCUCCUCUUUUACACUCCACGGUCUAUUCGGGUCUCAACCUCAACUACGAGUAUAUACUUUACGAGUCCAAGUCUAUAGAAUCAUGUCUCGCCUUAACCACGCACCCUAAAUUCUACGGCGCCGCCGUCACCAUGCCCCACAAGGUAGCCAUAAUCCCGUUUCUGGACGUCCUCACCCCCGAAGCCGAAGCAAUCGGCGCCGUGAACACCAUCUUCCUGAGCACCGCGCCGCCGGGUAUCCACGGGCGCCGGCUCCUCUGCGGCACCAACACCGACUGCAUCGGCAUCCGGGAAGCCAUCCUGCAGAACACCUCGCCGUCUGUCUCCUCCGCCAUGCGGGGCCAGCCGGGUAUGGUCGUCGGCGGCGGGGGCACGUGUCGCGCGGCCGUCUACGCCCUGAAGCACUUCCUCGGCUGCAGCGACGUCUACCUCGUCAACCGCGACCCGGUCGAGAUCCGGGACGUGAUCGACUACUGCACCGCCAAGGGUUUCGGCUCGGGUCUCAGGGAGGUCGCCUCCGUGGCCGAAGCUCGUGCCCUGCCCGGCCCGCGCGUCGUCGUCUCGGCGAUACCGGAUUUGGCGCCCCGGAGCGAGGCCGAGCUGAGGACGAGGGCCGUGGUGGAGGUCAUGCUGGGGAAGCAGCUGGCGGGCGGGAAGGGGUGCUUGCUGGACAUGUGCUACCAUCCGAAUCCCGAUACGGCGAUUAGUAGGCUGGCGGGAGAGAGCGGGUGGCGUGUUAUCGGGGGCGUGGAGGCCAUGAUUUGGCAAGGGCUGGAGCAGGAUAAGAUUUGGUUGAGGAGGAGGGUUAGUACGUUGCCUGUUGAGGAGGUUGAGAGGGUCUUUGCGAGUAAGGAGCCGAAGGAGAAGGCGAGGCUUUGA